AAACAGUUGACCUAUAUUGGGAAAGAGUAUCAAUUCUACAGGCAAACUUUUAAUGGCAAACCUUCAUUAUGGGCUAGCACUUUAUCAAUCCUAACACAUUGGAGUAUGUUCCAGUAACAGUGAAAGAGGGAUGUGGGAAGCAUUUUGAAUUUACCAAGGAUAAUAAUGCUAUGAAAGGGGAUUUUGAAAAUAUUGAGAUCCUUACAGAAAAAGCAUUCCUGGACGAUCAAAGGCCUGUGUAUCGUGUAGUACUUGGUGUACAAAAUAAAGUGUUUGUUCUAGAAAUGACUAAUCAACAUGAAGACACUGUUCACCUAGAGAUGAUAUUUUGUGUAGAUUUGCCAGGUCUACCAAAGGAAGCUUGCUUGGUUGGCAAACAGGUUGGUAUGAUGAUUUCGUUAACUCAGCAUAACGAUGAUACAGAUGAGUAUUAUCGGGAGCACGUGUUUUACUUUGAUUUUGACGGCCUCCUUCAUGGUGUGUUAUUGUGCCUGGGUCAUGGUCCAAGGUCAUUCUUUCCUGUAUAUCUCCAUGGUAACACAGAGAAUGAAGGUCAAAGUGAAGGACAGUCUCAAGCAGGAUGGCAUGUUUAUCUAAGAGAUGGACGAGAUGGUAUCAUGUGUUUACGUCUGCAUUAAAGUGACAUGUCGGCCAUUAGCAUCUACAAGUUUGGAACAUCUCAUCAAUUUUGCCAUAAUUUUAUAGCUAUCAAAUGUUCAAAAAUAAGACCAGAAACAGAUAAAUUUUUUCUUCACUGAAAUGGACAAAGUCAGCUGAUUUUAUAUUGGCUGUUUCUGAAUGGUGUAAUAACAAACAGGGAUUGCUGCAAUUGUUUUAUUUAUAAAUUAACUCAUUCUGGCACUAAAAUGACAGUAAAAUGAUGUCUAAUGAAUCCAUCAGAAGAAUGUGACUAGUUGAAGGUCACUUUGAUCUUGGAGACGGGACAGAUUGUAAUGUAGUUUACUUCAUUACACGAUUUUCAAUAAAUUACUUAAAUAAUAAUUUGAAUUAUAUUUUGAUAAUUAAACUGUAGCAGAACUAUAUUUAAAUGCAGAUGAAAAGUAUAAACACAUUGUAUCAUAAAUGAAUGAAAAUAUCAGCAGAAAUACACUUCAUUAUAUGUAAAAUGUAUGUCCUGAUUUGAUGGUGUCAUAAAAUAGAGCAUAUUAAAUCAUGGGACAAAUAUCAGUAUUACAUUGUAUUAAUUAAUUAAAAUCAAUAGAACAAAGCAUGGAAUUUAUAGGAUAUUUGUUUGUGACAAGUAGAAGAUUAAUUUAUAUUUCACUGGCAAAGACUUCUAAAGCUAUAUUUUCUUCUGUGGGUAAGCCAGUGAUUGCAUAUAGAUCUAUAAAUUAUUUCAUCAAUACAUGUAAAACACUCUUGUGUACAUUAC